AUGCCCGACACGUUUCCGAAGAUCUUCACAUGCCCGAACGAGAUGGUGGCUCUUUCCAUGGCCGACGGGUAUGCCAGAGUAAGCGGCGAGGCUCAGUGUGUCAUCGUGCAUGUCGAUGUUGGCACAUCAGCUCUAGCGGCUGCAGUCCAUAAUGCUGCUAUGGGACGUGCCCCCGUUCUUAUCUUUGCUGGCCUUUCGCCCUACACCAUAGACGGAGAGGUUCUUGGCUCACGAACCGAAUUCAUUCAUUGGAUUCAAGAUGUCCCUGAUCAAAAGCAGAUUGUUUCUCAGUACUGCCGGUAUACUGGAGAGAUCAAGACUGGCAAGAAUGUAAAGCAAAUGGUUCGACGUGCCAUCCAGCUCGCCACAAGUCAUCCCCAAGGGCCGGCCUAUCUUAUGGGAGCUCGCGAAGUCAUGGAGGAGACUAUUGAGCCAUAUUACAUCAACCCAGCCUACUGGAAACCCAUUGCCCCGGCUGCUCUUCCAGAAUACGCUGUCCGGGAGAUCGCCGAUGCCCUUGCAACCGCCUCUGACCCACUUGUCAUUGUUGGCUUCACUGGUCGCAAUCAUGAGGCGGUUAAACCCCUUGUGUCACUUGCCGAUAAGAUUAAGGGCCUUCGUGUACUUGAUACGGGCUGUUCAGACAUGUGUUUCCCUGCGGACCAUCCUGGGUGGCUGGGUAUGAAGUACGGAGUCGACGCCGCGAUAGAGAACGCUGACGUGUUUCUCAUUCUCGAUUGCGAUGUUCCAUGGAUCAACAAAUUUUGCAAGCCCAAAGGCUCGGCGAGAAUCUUUCAUCUUGACGUCGAUCCUCUCAAAGAGUCUAUGUUGGUCUUCUACAUUGAUGCUGAGCAGAGGUAUCGCGUAGACGCCGAGAUCGCCCUCAAGCAAAUCACUGACUAUCUUCAAAACAACCUGACAGAGAAAUUGUCAAACGCUGACUAUGAUGCGCGGGGUGAGGCUUUGGAAAGGUCAUACGCAGAACGUAUUCGGACUCUCGACGAGCGAGCCAAACUUCCAGACUCGGGAAAACUUACAACCGAUUACGUCUGCGCUUCAUUACGGGAAAGGUUUCCCAAAGACACCAUAUGGGCCGUGGAAGCAAUUACAAAUGCUAUUAUUGUAUCGGAUCAGAUCCGGGCUACCAUCCCAGGACAAUGGAUUCACUGCGGAGGUGGCGGUCUCGGCUGGAGCGGUGGUGGUGCAUUGGGCGUCAAGCUUGCCGCGGACGCAGCUGAUGCAUUGGUCUCUGGUAAACACAAGCGGUACGUAGUGCAGAUUGUCGGUGACGGGUCCUACAUGUUCAGCGUUCCCUCUAGCGUAUACUGGAUCUCUGCACGCUAUGGAAUUCCGAUUCUUACCAUUGUUCUCAACAACCUUGGCUGGAAUGCGCCGCGAAGGUCUAUGCUCCUUGUUCAUCCUGAUGGGCCUGCUUCGCGAGCAACCAAAGAGGAACUAAACAUUUCGUUCGCCCCAAGUCCAGAUUAUGCGGGCAUUGCCAAGGCUGCGAGUAAUGGGGAGAUCUUCGGUGCUCGAGCGGCUAACUCGUCUGAGUUUUUGUCAGCAUUGGCAACAGCUAUGGAGAGUCUAGAUCGUGGCGUCUCGGCGGUGUUAGAUGUUGCUAUUUAG